GCGGUCCGUCUGUCCCUCCGUGAGCCUGCCUGUCCGUGUGUCUGUGCCUCCGUCUGUGCCUCUGUCUGUCCCUCCGUAACUCUGCCUGUCCGAGUGUCUGUGCCUCCGUCUGUAACUCUGUCUGUCCCUCUGUCUGUAACUCUGUGCCUCCAUCUGUAACUCUGUCUGGCCGUCUGUCCCUCCGUCUGUAACUCUGUCCCUCGGUCUGUCCGUCCGUCUGUCCCUCCAUCUGUAACUCUGCCUGUCCGUGUGUCUGUGCCUCCGUCUGUAACUCUGUCUGUGCCUCCUUCUGUAACUCUGUCCGUCCGUCUGUUCCUCCAUCCGUAACUCUGUCCCUCCGUCUGUAACUCUGUCCCUUUGUCUCUAACUCUGUCCGUCUGUCCGUCCCUUCGUCUGUAAGUCUGUCCCUCCAUCUGUAACUAUGUCCCCCCGUCUGUAAGUCUGUUCCUCCAUCUGUAACUCUGUCCCUUUGUCUGUAACUCUGUCCCUUUGUCUGUAACUCUGUCUGUCCCUUCGUCUGUAAGUCUGUCCCUCCAUCUGUAACUCUGUCCGUCCGUCUGUCCCUCCGUCUGUAACUCUGUUCCCCCCGUCUGUAAGUCUGUCCCUCCAUCUGUAACUCUGUCCGUCCGUCUGUAAGUCUGUCCCUCCAUCUGUAACUCUGUCUGUCCGUGUGUCGGUGCCUCCGUCUGUAAGUCUGUCCCCCCGUCUGUAAGUCUGUCCCUCCGUCUGUAACUCUGUCUGUCCGUGUGUCGGUCCCUCCAUCUGUAACUCUGUCCGUGUGUCGGUCCCUCCGUCUGUAACUCUGUCUGUCCGUCUAUAACUCUGUCCGUGUGUCGGUCCCUCCGCGUGCCGGGCGGUCGCGGCCGCCGCAGGUCCCGGGAGCCGCGGGCGCAAGUCCUGGUGAUGGCAGCGAUGACAGAGACCAACCAUAUCCAUGCAGUGAUGGAAGGGCCAGAAGGAGAUGAUGCCAAGUGCAGUUUCCAUCACACAAUGUUCCUGGAACCCCAAGAGAAGAAGAAGAACAUGAAGGCUCUGCUGGUUAAGCAAGCAAAGGAAACAUGCAGCUGCACCCCGGCCAAAAUUAAAGAUUACGUUUUGGGGUUUUUCCCCAUCUUACAGUGGCUCCCUAAAUACAAACUCAGGGAGUAUCUCCUGGGGGAUUUAAUGUCUGGUGUGAUCGUGGGGGUCCUGCUGGUCCCCCAAUCCAUUGCCUACUCCCUGUUGGCAGGGCUGGAGCCCAUUUAUGGCCUUUACACCUCCUUUUUCUCCUGCAUCAUUUACUGCAUCUUCGGCACGUCCCGCCACAUCUCCGUCAGCAUCUUCGGCGUGGUGUGCCUGAUGCUGGGGCAGGUGGUGGACAGGGAGGUGGAGAGGGCUGGCUACCAGCUGGAGCCAGCUGUGCCCAGCGCCGUGCCAGGCCUGGGAGGGCUCGGGAAUGGCACCAGAAAUGGGACAGAGCUGCCCUGUGACAGGGGCUGCUACGCCAUGGCCGUGGCCGCCACCAUCACCUUCAUCUCCGGCGUGUACCAGGUGGCCAUGGGUUUCUUCCAAGUGGGCUUUGUCUCCGUCUACCUCUCGGACUCGCUGCUGAGUGGGUUUGUCACAGGGGCCUCCAUCACUGUCCUGACCUCACAAGUCAAGUACCUGCUGGGCCUGGAGCUUCCUCGGAGCGGGGGCGUCGGCUCCAUCAUCACCACCUGGAUCAACAUCUUCAGGAGCAUCCACAGGACCAACGUCUGUGACCUCAUCACCAGCUUCUUGUGCUUCCUGGUGCUCAUCCCAGGCAAGGAGCUGAACGAGCGCUUCAAAUCCAAGCUCAAGGCUCCGGUUCCGGUGGAGCUCUUUGUGGUUGUGGCAGCCACUCUGGCAUCUCACUUUGGGAAGCUGAGGGAGAACUACGGCUCCAGCAUUUCUGGGCACAUCCCCACCGGGUUUCUGCCGCCGCGCCCUCCAGUCUGGACCCUGAUCCCCAGCGUGGCGUUGGAUGCCAUCCCCAUUGCCAUCAUUGGCUUUGCCAUCACCGUGUCCCUGUCGGAGAUGUUUGCCAAGAAGCACGGCUACUCCGUGAGGGCCAACCAAGAGAUGUACGCCAUCGGCUUCUGCAACAUCAUCCCCUCCUUCUUCCACUGCUUCACAACCAGCGCAGCUCUCGCCAAGACCCUGGUCAAGGAGUCCACGGGCUGUAGGACCCAGGUGUCCGGCAUGGUGACCAGCCUGGUGAUCCUCCUGGUCCUCCUGGUGAUCGCGCCUUUGUUUUACUCGCUGCAGAAGUGCGUCCUCGCCGUCAUAACCAUCGCCAGCCUCCGCGGGGCCCUGCGCAAGUUCAGGGACCUGCCCAAGAUGUGGCACCUGAGCAGGGUGGACACGGUGAUCUGGGGGGUCACCAUGGCGGCCACGGCGCUCAUCAGCACCGAGAUCGGGCUCCUGGUGGGGGUUUGCUUCUCCAUGCUCUGCGUCAUCUUCCGCACGCAGCGGCCGGAGGCGCCGCUGCUGGGCUGGGUGGCCGAGUCGGAGACCUACGAGUCCCUCUCCGCCUACAAGAACCUGCAAACCAAGCCUGGGGUCGUGGUGCUCCGCUUUGAGGCCCCCAUCUACUACAUCAACAAGGAGUGCUUCAAAUCCACCCUCUACAAGCAAACCGGGGUUAACCCCGUGUGGGUGAAGGCUGCCAAGAAGAAAGCAGAGAAAAGGAUGCUGAAGGAGAAGGAGGUUGAGUCUGGGGCCAAGCAGAGCAGCAUCCCCAGGGAUUUUGGGUCGGAUCCUGCGGGGUUUCACACCAUAGUGAUCGACUGCUGCGCCGUGCAGUUCCUGGACACGGCCGGGAUCCGCGCGCUCAAGGAGGUCUGCAAGGACUACGGGGACAUCGGGGUCCAGGUGCUGCUGGCCCAGUGCAGCCCUUCCGUCAGGAGCUCCCUGCUCCGAGGGGAGCUCUUCAAGCAGGGGGAGGACCACCUGCUCUUCCACAGCGUGCACCAGGCCGUGGACUUUGCCCUGGGCACGCACGGCGCUUCCAAGAACUAGCGUGGAAAGAGAGAGAGAUUGGAACGUGUCGUGUGUCUGUGGGGCUGAUCCGUGCGUGCUCAGGUAGCGGGCCAGGG